GUACACCACUUUACGUGUAACUUACUCCCAAGUAGAGCUCUGUUAGUAAUUUACAGUCAUAAAAAAGCAUAAAAAACCAUCAUAAUAUUCUCAUUCUCAAAGCUAUUGCGAAAGACACGUAGAGAAUUGUAGCAACAUGGCUUGCAUGCUGAGCAAGGACCCACUGGAUAUUGAGAAUAUUCUGAUGCUUAACCCACGGACUGCUGCGCAUGCAUCCUUACGUUCUACAGUAUCAAAACAGCAGGAUAAGAAGCACUGGAAAAGAAAUUCAGACAAAAGUUGUGCUAAAUGUGAGAAACUGGAAAAUAAUUUUGAUGACAUCAAACAUACUACUCUUAGUGAGAGAGGAGCUCUUCGAGAAGCCAUGAGGUGCCUGAAAUGUGCAGAUGCUCCUUGUCAAAAGAGUUGCCCGACUAACUUGGAUAUUAAGUCAUUCAUCACAAGUAUUGCAAAUAAGAACUACUAUGGAGCUGCAAGGACUAUACUUUCCGAUAACCCACUUGGCUUGACAUGUGGAAUGGUAUGUCCGACAUCAGACCUUUGUGUAGGUGGCUGCAAUUUAUAUGCAACGGAAGAAGGUCCAAUUAAUAUUGGGGGCCUACAGCAAUUUGCUACUGAGAUUUUUAAAGCUAUGAAUAUCCCGCAAAUAAGGAAUCCAACGCUCCCCCCUGUGGAGGAAAGGCCAACCUCCUUCAAAGCUAAGAUAGCUCUUAUUGGUGCAGGACCAUCAAGCAUCAGUUGUGCUUCUUUCCUGGCCCGACUUGGAUAUUCAGAUAUUACAGUGUUUGAGAAGAAGAGUUUUUCUGGAGGGUUAAGUGCAUCCGAAAUCCCUCAGUUCCGAUUGCCAUAUGAUGUUGUCAGUUUUGAAAUCGAGCUGAUGAAGGACCUUGGAGUUAAGGUAAUUGAGGGCAAGGGCCUGGGAAUGCAUGGAAUGAAUAUAAGAUCUCUGAAGGAAGAGGGAUUUGCAGCAAUAUUCAUUGGGAUUGGAUUACCUGAACCAAAAGUUGAAGAUGUUUUCCAUGGUCUUAAAACUGAGCAAGGCUUUUAUACAUCAAAAGACUUCUUACCUCUCGUGGCCAAAGCAAGCAAACAAGGGAUGUGUGCCUGUCACUCUUCACUGCCGUCCAUAAAGGGAACUGUUAUUGUACUUGGAGCCGGAGACACUGCUUUUGACUGUGCAACCUCGGCAUUGCGAUGUGGUGCCCGCCGAGUAUUUGUGGUAUUUAGAAAAGGAUUCACUAACAUUCGAGCUGUUCCUGAAGAGGUAGAAUUAGCCAAAGAAGAAAAGUGUGAAUUUCUUCCAUUCUUAGCGCCUCGUAAAGUGAUUCUCAAGGGUGACAAAAUCAGUGGAAUGGAAUUUGUUCGAACUGAACAAGACGAGGGUGGAAAUUGGAUUGAAGAUGGAGAUCAGAUUGUUCAAUUAAAAGCCGAUGUUAUCAUCAGUGCAUUUGGAUCUCUGCUAAGUGACCCCACAGUGAUUGAAGCCAUGAAACCCAUCAAGUUUAACAGAUGGGGUUUACCGGAAAUUAAUACUGAGACUAUGGUGACGAGUGAACCUGGAAUAUUUGCUGGAGGUGACCUUGUUGGCUGGGCAAAUACAACAGUUGAAUCAGUUAAUGAUGGGAAGCAAGCAUCUUGGUAUAUUCACAGAUAUUUACAGGGAUUACACGGGGUGUCUGUUUCUGGUGAUCCAGAGCUACCAUUGUUCUACACACCUAUUGAUACAGUAGAUAUUAGCGUGGAAAUGGCUGGAUUGAAAUUUCUGAAUCCUUUUGGGCUUGCAAGUGCUCCACCAACUACUAGUGCCCCGAUGAUUCGCAGAGCCUUCGAAGCUGGAUGGGGUUUUGCUCUAACAAAGACAUUUUCCCUGGAAAAGGAUAUAGUGACAAAUGUUUCACCAAGAAUAAUACGAGGAACAACCUCCGGCCACGUGUAUGGUCCAGGACAAGGUUCAUUUUUAAAUAUUGAACUUAUCAGUGAAAAGACUGCGGCUUACUGGUGCAAAUCUAUCACUGAAUUGAAGGCUGACUUUCCUCAACAUAUCAUCAUUGCAAGUAUUAUGUGCAGCUACAAUAAGGAAGACUGGACAGAACUGGCUCAAAUGGCAACGGCUUCUGGUGCGGAUGCCCUGGAGCUAAAUCUAUCUUGUCCCCAUGGCAUGGGAGAAAGGGGUAUGGGUCUGGCCUGUGGACAGGAUCCAGAACUGGUGCGCAACAUCUGCCGCUGGGUAAGACAAGCUGUCAAAAUUCCAUUCUUUGCCAAGUUGACCCCGAACGUCACAGAUGUUGUGCAGAUUGCAAUGGCUGCACAUGAAGGUGGUGCAGAUGGUGUUACUGCAACUAAUACGGUCUCAGGACUGAUGGGACUCAAAGCAGAUGGAACACCAUGGCCUGCAGUUGGAAGAGAGAGCAGGACCACAUAUGGUGGUGUGUCUGGCAAUGCCAUCAGACCGAUAGCUCUCAGGGCAGUCUCCGCCAUUGCUUGUGCCAUUCCAGGAUUUCCCAUUUUAGCCACUGGCGGAAUUGACUCAGCAGAGAGCGGAAUGCAGUUUCUUCAUAGCGGAGCUUCAAUACUGCAGGUUUGCAGUGCCAUACAAAAUCAAGACUUUACCGUGAUCGAUGACUACUGCACAGGUCUGAAGGCACUUCUCUACCUUAAGAGCAUCGAGGAGCUGCAAGACUGGGAUGGACAAAGUCCACCUACUUUCAGACAUCAAAGAGGAAAGCUUGUUCCAAAAGUUGCAGACAUAAUAGGAAAGAAACUGCCAAGUUUUGGACCAUUUUUAGAGCAACGAAAGAAGAUCAUUGCUGAGAACAAGAUCAAGUCACUUUCUGAAAAUGUAAAUGCCUCUGCAAAUGAAAAGAAUCACUUCCUCCCAAAGAAACCCGUACCAGCCGUCAAGGAUGUAAUUGGCAGAGCAUUGCAGUAUAUUGGAUCAUAUGGUAAAUUAAACAUCAGUGAACACGUUGUAGCUCUGAUUGAUGAAGAGAUGUGCAUUAACUGUGGCAAGUGCUACAUGACCUGCAAUGACUCUGGUUAUCAGGCUAUCGAGUUUGAUCCCAAGACCCACUUGCCCACUGUCAAUGACAGCUGUACCGGCUGCACUCUGUGCUACAGCGUGUGCCCUAUUAUUGACUGCAUCAAAAUGGUUACCAGGACAACGCCUUACGAACCAAAAAGAGGUCUUCCGUUAACCGUGAAUCCAGUGCGUUAAGGUCACCAGUUCAGCAAAUGAUGUGCUGAACUUCACUUCUACCAUGGCUGGAUUAGUGCUUCAUUAUCAUACAUCAUUUGAAAACCAAUCAUCAGAUGAAAGUGAUAAAACUGAGAUAUGGCGAUUUUUUAAUUACAGUGCUAUGAAAUACGACGUUGAAUGAACCGGAGGACCUUUUUUUUUUUUUUUUUUUGGAUGAUUUUGUACCUGUAUUCUAUGCAUGUGUAUCAGUGAUUGUAGCGAAGGUAAAAUGGUUAAUUUGUAACAGAAUGGUAAAUAAAUCCAUCCUAUA